AUGGGUGAAGUUGAACAAUUUGCAUUUCAAGCUGAAAUUUCUCAGCUUAUGUCUAUUAUUAUCAAUACCUUUUAUUCAAAUAAAGAGAUUUUCCUUCGUGAAUUGAUUUCCAAUUCAUCUGAUGCUUUGGAUAAAAUUCGAUAUGAAGCCCUCACUGAUCCUUCAAAACUUGAAAGUGGAAGCGAACUUUAUAUAAGGAUAAUUCCUGAUAAAGAAAACAAAGUGCUCACUAUUAGAGAUACUGGUAUUGGUAUGACAAAGGCUGACCUUGUAAAUAAUCUUGGUACAAUCGCUAGAUCUGGCACCAAAACAUUUAUGGAGGCUCUUCAAUCUGGAGCUGACAUAUCUAUGAUUGGUCAAUUUGGUGUGGGUUUCUACUCUGCUUACUUGGUUGCUGACCGAGUUCAAGUAAUCACAAAGCACAAUGAUGAUGAACAAUACAUUUGGGAAUCUGCUGCUGGUGGUUCCUUCACCAUUGCACUUGAUACAGUCAAUCCACCUCUUGAACGUGGUUCUGAAAUCAGACUCUUCCUUAAAGAAGAUCAACUUGAAUAUCUUGAGGAAAAAAAAAUAAAAGAAAUUGUAAAGAAGCAUUCUGAAUUUAUUGAAACUGAAGAGCUUAACAAAACCAAACCAAUUUGGACUCGCAAUCCUGAAGACAUUACCAAUGAAGAAUAUGCUGCUUUCUACAAAUCACUCAGCAAUGACUGGGAGGACCAUCUGGCUGUUAAACAUUUCUCAGUUGAAGGACAGCUUGAAUUCCGUGCAAUUCUUUUUGCACCAAGACGUGCACCUUUCGAUUUGUUUGAAACCAAAAAGAAACGUAACAAUAUUAAACUUUAUGUUAGACGUGUAUUCAUUAUGGAUGACUGUGAAGACUUAAUACCAGAAUAUCUUAGUUUUAUAAAGGGUAUUGUGGAUUCUGAAGAUUUGCCUCUUAACAUUUCUCGUGAAACACUUCAACAGAAUAAAAUUCUAAAGGUCAUUAAAAAAAAUAUUGUUAAAAAGUGUAUUGAAUUGUUUGGUGAAAUUGCUGAAGAUAAGGAAAACUUUGCCAAAUUUUAUGAAGCAUUUGCUAAAAACCUUAAACUUGGUGUUCAUGAGGAUGCACAAAACCGUGCUAAAUUAGCAGAAUUUCUUCGUUACUACUCUACAAAAUCUAGUGAAGAAAUGACAUCAUUAAAGGAUUAUGUUACAAGAAUGCCUGAAAAACAAAAAUCAAUAUAUUAUAUUACUGGUGAAAAUCGCCAAGCUGUAGAAAAUUCACCAUUUGUUGAAGUUCUCAAGAAGAGGGGAUAUGAAGUGUUGCUUAUGACUGACCCAAUUGAUGAAUAUACUGAGUUAUGUAAAUUAAUUAAAGAUAUACUUGGUGACAAAGUUGAAAAGGUGCUUGUGUCAAAUCGUAUUUCAGAAUCACCUUGUGUGCUUGUGACUGGACAGUAUGGUUGGUCUGCUAACUUUGAGCGUAUUAUGAAAGCACAAGCUCUUCGUGAUUCAAGCAUGUCAUCUUACAUGGCAUCAAAGAAAAUUAUGGAAAUCAAUCCAAACCAUCCAAUUGUUAAAUCACUCAAGGCAAAAGUAGAAACUGACAAGAAUGACAAGACAGUUAAAGAUCUUACAUGGCUGUUGUUUGAAACUUCACUUUUACAAUCAGGGUUUAGUUUGGAUGAACCAUCAUCAUUUGCUGGUAGAAUAUUCAAAAUGAUUAAACUUGGUCUUGAUCUUGGUGAUGAUACAGAGGCUAUGGAGGUUGAAGAAACAAUUAAUCCUAUUGAUGAAGCUUCGGUUGAAACUUCUAUGGAAGAAGUAGAUUAA